UCUCGCUCGCCUUCUUUUCCACCUGCCCACACUAUCUCCGUAAAUCCUCUUUUCGUACUGAAUACACAUAUCCUAUAACGUCAAUCUCAGCCCCAUAGCAGAAGGAAAAGAGAAAGAAGAAAGGGAAAAGAAGCUUCGUGAAAUAGAAAGAAAGGUCUAAUUUUUUGCGGCGUGUAUAGGUUUACUAAUGGCGGGUGGGUAUAGAGCGGAUGAUGACUACAAGUACUUGUUCAAGGUGGUGUUGAUAGGGGACUCUGGUGUGGGAAAAUCGAAUCUGUUUUCUCGAUUUACCCGCAAUGAGUUCAGCCUCAACCCAAAGUCAACCAUUGGCAUCGACCUCGCCUCUCGCAAGCUACGUGUCCAUGGCCAACUAGUCAAGGCUCAGAUUUGGGAUACCGCCGGCCAAGAAAGAUACCGAGACAUGACAAGUGCAUUCUACCGAGGAGCUGUUGGUGCAUUGCUUGUAUAUGAUGUUACCCGCCAUGUUACAUUUGAAAAUGUAGAGAGGUUGCUAAAAGAGCUACGGGAUCACACACAUCAAGAUAUUGUCAUAAUGUUGGUGGGAAACAAGGUAGACUUACGUCACUUACGUUCUGUUUCUACCGAGGAUGCAAAGGCCUUUGCUGAGAAGGAGGGCACCUACUUUAUGGAGAUAUCAACUCUCGAGUCAUUGAAUGUUGAGAACGCCUUCACGGAACUACUCACCCAGAUAUAUUGUUUCUACGGAGGAUGCAAAGGCCUUUGCUGAGAAGGAGGGCACCUACUUUAUGGAGACAUCAACUCUCGAGUCAUUGAAUGUUGAGAACGCCUUCACGGAACUACUCACCCAGAUACACGAUGCCGGUUAUUAAUGUAGGGGUAAGUGGAAGGUUUAGUCAUUAAUGUCUAAUUGGAGUGCAAUAUGGAUGAUGCAUUAUAGUACUUGCAAGAAAAAACUGAUAGAUUUUAGUAGAUUUAUAAUGUAGAUUACUCGGGUGGCAUUUGUGGAUGGUGUUCUUUUGGGAAAGUGCUAUAACUUCAAUUCAAGUCCCAACUUUUAGAUGUAAAUUGAAUUUGUUGGUGAUUCGUUAAUUAAAACUUGGAUUCCUUUCCUAUGGGAAGAGCUUUGUUAAUAAUGAAGUAAGCUGAGUUUUUGGAA